UCCGGAGAAUGCUAUUGCCCUUGUCCGGAAGGUUAUCAACGGACAGAUCGAUCACUGCCUCUGUCCCAUCUCUCCCUGAAGUAGCUCUGACCCCGGUUCCUUGAAAGGGGUUUGCAGAAGUAAAGAUGGAGCCUGCAGGGGAGCGCUUUCCUGAACAAAGGCAAGUCCUGAUUCUCCUUCUUUUAGUGGAAUUGGCUCUGGCAGGCUGGGAACCCCGUCGCUAUUCUGUGAUGGAGGAAACAGAGAGAGGUUCUUUUGUGGCCAACCUGGCCGAUGACCUAGGGCUGGAAGUCCGGGAGUUAGCAGCGCGGGGAGCCCGGGUAGUUUCUGAGGAUAACGAACGAGGCUUGCAGCUUGAUCUGCAGACCGGGCAGUUGAUAUUAAACGAGAAGCUGGACCGGGAGGAGCUGUGUGGCCCCACCGAGCCCUGUAUAAUGAAUUUCCAAGUGUUACUGAAAAAGCCUUUGGAAGUAUUUCGAGCUGAACUACUAGUGAGAGACAUAAACGAUCAUUCUCCUGAGUUUCCUGAAAAAGAAAUUACCCUGAAAAUCCCAGAAAUUAGCUCCCCUGGGACUGUGUUUCCUCUGAAAAAAGCUUGGGACUUGGACGUGGGCAGCAACAACGUUCAAAACUACAGUAUUUCUCCCAACUCUCAUUUCCAUGUUUCCACUCGCAUCCAAGGGGAUGGCAGGAAAUACCCAGAGCUGGUGCUGGACACAGAACUGGAUCGCGAGGAGCAGGCCGAGCUCAGAUUAACCCUGACAGCGCUGGACGGUGGCUCUACACCCCGAUCUGGCACCGCCCAGAUCCUCGUCUUGGUCUUGGACGCCAAUGACAAUGCCCCGGUGUUUGCGCAGGCGCUCUACGAGGUGCAGGUCCCAGAGAACAGCCCCAUAGGUUCCCUAGUUGUCAAGGUCUCUGCUAGGGAUUUAGACACUGGGACAAACGGAGAGAUAUCAUACUCCCUUUUUUACAGCUCUCAAGCGACAAGCAAACCUUUUGAGCUAAGCAGCAUCUCAGGAGAAAUUCGACUAAUUAAAAAACUAGAUUUUGAGACAACGUCCUCAUAUGACCUAGAUAUUGAGGCGUCUGAUGGCGGGGGACUUUCUGGAAAAUGCUCUGUCUCUGUCAAGGUACUGGAUGUUAACGAUAACUCCCCAGAACUAACUAUUUCAUCACUUACCAGCCCUAUUCCCGAGAAUUCUCCAGAGACAGAAGUGGCCCUGUUUAGGAUUCGAGACCGAGACUCUGGGGAAAAUGGAAAAAUGACUUGCUCAAUUCAGGAUGAUGUUCCUUUUGAGCUGAAACCUUCUGUUGAGAAUUUCUACAGACUGGUAACAGAAGGAGCGCUGGACAGAGAGACUAGAGCCGAGUACAACAUCACCAUCACCGUCACUGACUUGGGGACUCCAAGGCUUAAAACCGAGCACAGCAUAACCGUGCAGGUCUCCGACGUCAAUGACAACGCCCCCGCCUUCACACAAACCUCUUACACCUUCUUUGUCCGCGAGAACAACAGCCCCGCCCUGCACAUCGGCACCGUCAGCGCCACAGACAGAGACUCAGGCACCAACGCACAGGUCACCUACUCGCUGCUGCCGCCCCAGGACACGCACCUGGCCCUCGCCUCCCUGGUCUCCAUCAACGCGGACAACGGACACCUGUUCGCCCUCCGGUCGCUGGACUACGAGGCCCUGCAGGCGUUCGAGUUCCGCGUGGGCGCCACAGACGGCGGCUCCCCGGCGCUGAGCAGCGAGGCGCUGGUGCGCGUGCUGGUGCUGGACGCCAACGACAACUCGCCCUUCGUGCUGUACCCGCUGCAGAACGGCUCCGCGCCCUGCACCGAGCUGGUUCCCCGGGCGGCCGAGCCGGGCUACCUGGUGACCAAGGUGGUGGCGGUGGACGGCGACUCGGGCCAGAACGCCUGGCUGUCGUUCCAGCUGCUCAAGGCCACGGAGCCCGGGCUGUUCGGCGUGUGGGCGCACAAUGGCGAGGUGCGCACCGCCAGGCUGCUGAGCGAGCGCGACGCGGCCAAGCACAGGCUGCUGGUGCUGGUCAAGGACAAUGGCGAGCCUCCGCGCUCGGCCACCGCCACGCUGCACGUGCUCCUGGUGGACGGCUUCUCCCAGCCCUACCUGCAGCUCCCGGAGGCGGCCCCGGCCCCGGCCCAGGCCGACUCGCUCACCGUCUAUCUGGUGGUGGCGUUGGCCUCUGUGUCGUCGCUCUUCCUGUUCUCGGUGCUCCUGUUCGUGGCGGUGCGGCUGUGCAGGAGGAGUAGGGCGGCCUCUGUGGGUCGCUGCUCGGUGCCCGAGGGCCCCUUUCCAGGGCAUCUGGUGGAUGUGAGCGGCACCGGGACCCUAUGCCAGAGCUACCAGUACGAGGUGUGUCUGUCGGGAGGCUCUGAGAGUAAUGAAUUCAAGUUCUUGAAGCCUGUAUUUCCCAAUAUUCUGAGCCAGGAGUCUAGGAGGAAAUCAGAAUUUCUAGAAUAAUGUAGUAUCUGAAGCUUUAAAAUUAAUUCUGUCUUUCUCACUUUUCAGUUUGUUUUCGUGAAACCGGUAGUAAUCUUUAAUUCCACUUUUUAAAAAAAUUUCUAUUGUCCUUAGUAAUGUUACUCAUUUCGUUAGCCUGGUUGUUAUAUAAUUAGUUUUCAAGUUAUUUAAUUAUUAUAAAUAUUUUAUAUCAGGAAAUUUCACAUUCCUGAAUAAAUUUAUAGUAUCUCUUCCUGAAGGGUAAUACGAAAGUUAACCCAAACUAGUAAACAUAACUCUAAUUUUGAAAAUACCUUUCACACUAUAUGACACUACAUAAGAAUUUAUGAUUUUUGAAGUCGUAUUUCAUUUUUAAAGUUUUUUUUUAGUUUUUUAAUUUACACAGCUCUGACUUUUUGAUAGAAGUUUGGGGUGGAAUCAUUUCACAUUUAUCUACGUGUAGUUUUUCCAAGCUUCCUACGUGAAGUUUUGUUUUUUCACUAGUGAGAUAUAUGGAUAAUUUUAAGCUACUCUUUUCGAGAUCACACUUGUAAGCAUUAGAUUUUCAUUCUAAAACACAUAUGUCAUCUCAUAAAAUAUAUCUGCAUAAUGUACUCUUUCUCAUGUAAAUUAACAUAGAAAAGACUAAUGGGUUCUUCCUUAUCUCUCUCUAAAAUUAUGAUCCUAUUAAGAGUGCUGGACAGGUUUUUCAAUACCCAGAUUUACUGUGUUUAAGGUGUUUCUAUAAAGCCAAUAGACGCUAGGACCAAGUAAUGCAUCUCCUACAAUUUCCUCUUGUCACAGUAGGAAAAUCUUAACAGAGUUCCAAAUUCUGGACUUCAAGGAGCUUCUGAUGAUACAGUAUGCCAACAACUAUUUGUCUUUGGAUGGUGACAUUGUUCUGAUUGAUAAGGAAUUUGAAAGAAAAUACAUUGUAGAAUUAAUAUUAGUUAACCAAACAAAAUUUAUUAAAAGAUAUGUUGGUGAAGGAGUUGAAUUAUUUGAGGAAAAAACAUCUGCUCGCUUGUUUGGACUCUUCUCUCUCCAGGAGUUUCUCAACUUUGCAGAUACUCUAGAAUGGUAUUGCAUGCAAAAUAAUGACCACCAAGAUAUUCGUGCCCUAAUGCCUGAAACCUAUGAACAUGUUAUACUGCAAAGAAAUUAAGGUUUAAAUGGAAUUAAGGUUGCCAAUCAGCUAAACUUAAAAUAGGGAGACUCUCCUAGAUAAUCUGAGUGGGUCUAUUUCAAUCAGUAGAAAGGCCAGAAAAGCAGAGUUAAGUCUUCCCUGAGAUGAAAAAGAAAUUUCACUUUUGGACAGCAGCUUCAGUUUAUGCCCCAGAAUUCCAGCCUGCCCCUCCCAACUGCCUGCUGUACAGAUUUUGGACUUGUCUAGCCACCAUCCACAACUGAAUAUGUCAUUUCCUUGCAAUAAAUCGAUUACUAUACAUCUCCUGCUGCCUGUUUCUCUGGCUGAACUCUGACAAAGACAGAUUUUAAUACCUGGAAGUGAGUUGCUAUUAUAACAAACACCUAAAAUGUGCAGGUAGCUUCUGAAUUGGACAGAGUGGGCAGAGGCUGGAAGAACUUUGACAGGCAUGACAGAAAAGGCCUCUCUUGCUUUGGAUAGACUGUUAGUAGAAAUAUGGUGUUAACAACUCUGCUAGUGAGGACUCAGAAGGAAGUGAAGAGCAUGGUAGAGAAAUACAUUGCCUUAGAGAACACCCACAUCACUUUAAAUAGAUUGUAGGUAGAUAUGUGGAUUUUGGCCAGGUACGGUGGCUCACACCUGUAAUCCCAGCAUUUUGAGAGUCUGGGGUGGGUGGAUCACGAGGUUAGGAGAUCGAUACCAUCCUAGCCAACAUGGUGAAACCUUGUCUCUACUAAAAACACAAAAAUUAGCUGGGUAUCAUGGCACAUGCCUGUAAUCCCAGCUGCUUGGGAGGCUGAGGUAGAAUUGCUUGAACUUGGGAGACGGAGGUUGCAGUGAGCUUAGAUCAUGCCACUGCACUCAGCCUGGUGUCAGAGCUAAAUUCUGUCUGAAAGAAAGAAAGAAAAAGAAAGAAAAGGAAGGAAGAAAGGAAGGAAGGAAAAGAAAGAAAGAAAGAAGAGGGAGGGAAGAAGGAAAGAAAAGAAAGAAAGAGAGAAAGAAAGGAAAGAAGAAUGUUAAAGUCUCUGCUGGUGAGGGUGCAGAAAUGAGGAAAAUCUUAUCGAAAAUGGAAGAAAAGGAAAUUAUUUUAUAUGGUGAGAGAAAACUUACCUGAAUUGUGUCCUGUAGUUAUGUAGCAAUGAACUUGGAGACUUAGCUGAGGAGAUUUUCAGGCAAAGGGUUGAAUGUACAGCCUUUUUCUUUCUUGCUGCUUAUAGUAAAAUGUGAGCAGGAAAAGAACGAGAGGAAUUAGAUGAGAGAAGAUCUGUGAAGCAAAAAGGAACCAGGACCUGAUGAUUCACACUGCAAAAGAUGUUAAAAUCGAGAGAUUCACUGCCAAGGAUACAUGUUCUGGAGAGAAAGCCACAGGCAUACCAGGGUAACCUUUUUCUACUGCCUUGAAAGAAUCAGGGCAGUCAAUCACACAGAAGACUCUCUGAAGAGACUAGACACAUGCUUUUACCUGUGAAGCCAGAAACCCUCCUGUGAUAAGCCCUAAUUUGGGCUCUCAAACGACAGAGGAUUAGUCCCAAGCCUUGAAAGCAGGAGUUUCCCUGGAUGUAUUGCCACAUUCCUUGGUGCGGGUGAUUUUUAUUUUUACUUUUACUUUUUUACACAGUUGUCAGACUAUGUUCCAAUUGUUUACUUAAGAUGUGUGAGACAGUUGUCAGAGGAGUGAGGUAGGAGACCAGCACGACUUAUUUCCCUGUCAGAACAGGAUGAAAUGAAGAAAUUGGCAGGAACCAGCAGGUGAUGCACAAGUGAAGGGAACCCCCCUACCCCCGCAGGAACUAGCAGGUGGUGCUGAAGGCAACCUCUAAUUGCCCUCACUUCUCAUUAGCAUGAGACUCCCACCAGCCCCAUGACGACAAUUUACAAAUGUCAUAGCUAGCCAGAAGUUACUGCCCUUUUCCAUAGCAACAACCUAGAAGUUAUUGCCCCUUUUUCUAGAAAGUUCUGAAUAACCAAAUCCUCAAUUUGCAUUAACUCACCCCUUAAUUUGCAUGUAAGUAAAAGUUGGUGUAAGUGAGUGUUAAUACAGUUGGCAACAACCCAUAAGCUACUACUGCUAACUCCCGGUGAACUGCAAAAGGGUUAGCCCUGCUCAGCACGGAGCGGUCCCUUUCAAUGGAAGAUUGUUGUCUAACACCACCUGCUUGCCCUUGAAUUCUUUUAUGUAUGAAGCCAAAAACCCUCCUGAAAUCAGCCCUAAUUUGGUCUUGCAUCAGUUGUAUUGUUUUCCCUGGCAUAUUAUCAAGGGACAGUACUCUGAACUACUGCAAUUAAUAUCAUAGCAUCGUUUAGUCAUCUCACAAUUGGCAAACAUAUGCAAAUAACUGAAUUUUCAAAGAAAUAUUCCUGGCUAAUAGCAUCUCUCAAAGUUGAGUUUUGGAGAACAGAAUGAGAAAGUGAACUGAUAAAUGUCAGGUGUGCUUUUAAAUCUGCAUUAACGGUAUCCUGAGCAAGAUGACUAAGACGUUUAUGCAGCAAUCCAGAAUACCCUGUCUCCAUCACAGGCAGGAAAGUAGCAAAGCUAAAAAUUUUACUUAGUAAAAUUGACUAAAUAUAGAUUCUGAAAAUCUUCAUAAGCAGAUCAGCAAUCUAUACAUUUUUGUGGAUUAUGGCUAUUGGAAGGGGAAGUACCAAUUCUCCUCUAUGUCACACAUAGCACCUUGAACAAUUUUGAACAUGAGUGACAAGUAAUUAUUUCUUAGUGAAUAAAAAAGUUAAGGACAGUGAAAUAAGUUUUUUAGAAACUAGCAGAAUAGAGACUCAUCAACAUAAACAGAUCCAUUCAUUUUACCUAUUUUCUCUCUCAGACCUUAGAGACUUUCUUUGAGAUUUCUAUAAAUCUCAACUUGCCUUUUAUGAUCUUAAUCUAAGGCCAUUGACCUUCUUGCUUUAUUUCCCUUCCUUGCUUUUAUUUUCUUCCUAAAUGGCAAUUGGAAUAUAUAGGUAGUUGUGGCCAAAUGACAGCAUUCACAAGGUGGAAGGUACCUUAUUCCAACAAUUGGAAAGUGGAAAAUAAUUUGAAUUUCUUCCACAAAUGAAUUUAAAUGAGGGCAAUAGUUUUCUGAGAAACCCAUUGGCUAUAUUUUUGGUAUUGUAAACAUAAGCUUCAUUGUCCUCUAAACAAUUAAACUUCUAAAACCACUAUUGAAAAUAGCAACACGGACCUUCUAUUUCUAGUUUGAUUACUGUAAACAUGGAAAUUAUGUAUCAUUUUAGACAAUUUAGUUAAUACAACUAUUUAAAUGUGUAUAAAAUUAUCCCUUUUUGGCUGACGGCUGAAUUUUUAGAAAAGAUUUUCUUAAAAGUUGAAAGCUUGGCUGUGCUAGCAGAGGUAUCUCUGUAUAUUAUGAGGUCAUAAUGGAGUGUUAUGAGUUAUCUUUGGGAUAACUUUCCUAAUCUUAUACAAACACUGUAAUGAUGUAUUUUCUUCACAAAAGAACAAAGGAGACAUAAAUAUAAUGAAUUUUUUUUGUUAAUCCAAUGCCGAUUCCUGUAAAAAUGAAUUUCUUCCCUGUAAAAUCAAUAGAAUAUAGGCACUAAAUAGCAAACCCCUUUCAUGUAUAUUUCCAAUCUAUUAAGGGAGAGGCUUGUGUCUUUUUUCCCAAACAAAGCCAAAUAACAUUCAAUGAGAGUUCACUUUGGCGAUGUUUAAUGAAAAUCUAACUCAGAUAGAGGCCUCACUGGAAUACACCAUUAACAGAAAUGUAAUCUGAGCAAAACCCUGCAGACUUUAUCCUGGGAAAUGUAACAAAAAAUAAUCAGAAUAUUGUCUCUAAUGCUGGAUCGGUAGCCUGGAAAUCACUGCAGAAGUUUUACCUAUGGGAGGCUAUGGGAACCCUCUUGUGUCAUGUGAUCUCAAAUGUGAAUGAGCAGGUCAAGAACUAAGGAUAUUCAAAAGAUUGAAAAUGUCCAAAUAGGCAAUUCUGGAAAUACCCCAACAUUUUUUGGAUAUUACAUUUGACUUGAAACAAAAAGGCAUAUGCAAUACUUUGCCCAUGUUCUGUUCCAAGUUCUCUUUCUGACCAGAAGUUUUUAUCUGACAGUUGUUAAAAGUCUGAUCCAUGCCAGGGAAGGCAGACAUUCCAAAUUCAGGCAGACACAAAGAAUGGAGGUUAAAGAUAUUCCUGAGCAUGUUCCUUGAAGGAACCUUGUGCCUCUCAACUAGCCUGUCCCUAAAUGUUAUGCCUCAAAUUAUCACUACUGCCAUCAACGUUCAGAACCAUGUUUAAAAAGCAUAUGCUUUUCUGCAUGUCCCCUAUAUUCUGCAUUGAAAAUGACUGUUAGAAAGUCAUACUUCAUGGUAACAGAAAAUGUAAUAACCAGAAAGAUCUUUUGCCAACUUACUAUCUCUGUUAGUUUAAAUUAUUUUAAUCAACACAAAUCAAAUUCAAAUUAGCUCUCAAGAUAAAAAAUAGAAUUUGUUGAGAAGCUAUUGGGGUAUAUAAUGUAAUUUAAGAUACAAUUGGAAAUCAAAACCAAUUGAAGAGUAAGGCAGUAAUAAUUACAAACAAAAACUUAAAAGAACAUUUUUUCUAUCCUGCUGGUUUCAUUCCCUUUUUACUGCAGACCAGCUUCUUUCACAUGGGGAAAAAUGCACUUAUAUUUCAGGAGCCUAAAAGUUAUGUUAAAAUUAUUGUAAGUUGACUCACACCUUUUCUGGUACCAAGUUUGGAAAUACUGGUGGGCUUAUAUCAACUCCAAACUAGGGCUAGGAAGCAGGAGGUUUGUGUCUGUUGGUUUAAGAACAUGACUGCUCCCAUUUGUUUCACGUGAGUUCAGUGAGGUCAAGAUAUGUGCACUCCCUGUAAGAGGGGAGGCAAAUGCAUAUCUGCAUGUGUCAGUAUCCACCAACACCAAUGAUUUGAAAUUUAGAGUAUCUCAUUUAAUCUUUUUCCCAUAAUUCUUGUGUUUUAUGUGUCUGCAAAUAUUAAAAAAAAUUUCUCCACAAUUAGGGUAACAUAUGAUAGGUCAAUUACUUUGAACAUCCAGUCAUUUUUCUGUGUAAUGGUCAUAGGUGACAAUGGCAACUCAACAUUGCUGCUGAAUUUCUGUAUAGUGCUAAGCUCACUAAAGAAAACUGAUGGCCAGUGAGGACAAAGUAGACUAUCUGGAAUGGUGGCAGUUAAGGUGCUUCCUCUUAAAAUAAAAACUAAAAUCAGUGAGGCCUGUGACAUCUAUUUCUUCAUCAAAAUCUUCCACAGAACAUUCAUUUUAGCCAGCACAGUAGCCAUUAGCAUCUUUUUAAGUGGAUGUUUUUCUUACACACCUAGAUGCCCCCUUAAUAGUAUGUCAUAGGAAGAGAUGUAACGGCAAAAUGACUUAAAUACAUGAAUUUCUUGUUGAGCUUUCUGUGUUUCUGACUGCAGGAAUCAUUAUCUGACUGACCGGGGCUUUUGAUAACUGUAUUGCUUCUGGUUAUCAGCAUAAUCACAAACAAAUGAAAAAUUCUUGUGAAUUCUAGGACUUUCAAAAGUUUGUACCACACUUGCAGCCCCCAUUAUGAAUAUGAAUGGCUGGAGAACAGUAAAUACCAUUUCCUCUAGGGUAUUACCAUUAGGACUCAAUCUUUAGUAGUCCCUGUCACUUGUGGCAAUGAUGGUUAUUUUCAAGAUAAUAUUAAUUUGUAUAUCAUAUGAGAGAAGAAAGCUCAUUACUACUACUUUUAGAUUUGGUCUUUCUCUUGCCUUUUCCAAGUAACAUAUUUGAUUAAUUCCUGACAACCUUCUCACAUAUAGAAAUGCAUGAUUUGAAACAGGCCUAUAGAUCCCAAUGUGUACUACUCCCUUUGUAUCUUAUUUAAUAAACGUUUUAUUGGUAAAAUCUAGAA